GGUGUCAGCUUGUCGAGGCAGCCGAAAGAAAAUGGAUCUGUUGUUGCUUGUGGACAUAGAUGGAAAAAUAUAUUUUACAUGAAAAAUGAACACAAACUCCCCCACGGUAUAUGUUUUGCCAUCUCUUCUGAUUUUCGAACUGAACUGAGCAGAAGAAUAUGCCCAUGCUAUAUAGAUUAUGCACGGAAGUUUGGAGAAAACCACGGGUCAUGCCAGGCUGGAAUGUCUAGUUUUUACAUUGAGGACUUAAUUAUAAUGGGAGCUCCUGGAUCAUUUUAUUGGACUGGUACAGUUUUUGUAUACAAUACAACUGCAAAUACAAUCCAUGCUUAUACAGAUUCAAAUAACCAAGUGAAAUUUGGCAGUUACCUAGGAUACUCUGUUGGAGCUGGACAUUUUCUGACACCAUCCAGUACAGAAGUAGUUGGAGGGGCUCCCCAACAGGAGCAGACUGGUAAAGCAUACAUUUUUAGCAUUGAGAAGCAACUAAAUAUUCUGUUUGAACUAAGGGGUAAAAAGCUUGGUUCUUACUUUGGAGCUGCAGUUUGUGCUGUCGACCUGAAUUCUGAUGGCCUCUCAGACUUACUAGUUGGUGCUCCAAUGCAAAGUACCAACAGAGAAGAAGGAAGAGUUUAUGUCUAUAUUAAUUCAGGUUCUGAUGCCAAGAUGGUAGAACUGAACAUAGAGCUCAGCGGGAGUGACUCAUAUGCAGCCAGGUUUGGAGAGUCCAUAGCCAAUCUAGGAGACAUAGAUAAUGAUGGUUUUGAAGAUGUAGCAAUUGGAGCUCCACAAGAAGAUGAUCUAAAAGGGGCCAUUUAUAUAUACAAUGGCAGGGAGGAUGGAAUAACACCAUCAUUUUCACAGAGAAUACAAGGACAUCAAGUCAGUAAUUCUUUAAGCAUGUUUGGACAAUCCAUAGCAAGUGGCAUUGAUGCAGAUAACAAUGGUUAUCAAGAUGUAGCAGUUGGUGCAUUUUUCUCCAAUUCUGCCGUGGUGCUGAGAACGAAACCGGUGAUAAUUGUUGAAGCUUCUUUAAAACAUCCUAAUUCAAUAAAUCGAACUAAUUUAAACUGCAUGGAAAAUGAGCAGCCUGCCACCUGCAUGAAUUUGAGGAUAUGCUUUAGCUAUAGAGGACGAGAGGUACCUGGUUAUAUUGUAUUGCUUUAUAAUCUGAGUGUUGACACAACUAGAAAAGAGGAUACACAAGCAAGGUUUUAUUUUUCCUCCAAUGGAACAUCGGAUACAAUCUCAGGAAAAGUAAAGAUUUAUAGCAAGAAUGUUGCCUGCAAAGAUCAUCCAGCAUUUAUGAGGAAAGAUGUAAGGGAUAUCUUGACUCCUGUACAUGUUGAAGCAAGUUAUCAUCUGGGGCAUCAUGUUCUGCAGAAAAGAGAUGCUCAGGAAUUUCCACCACUUCAACCUGUUCUUCAACGGAGGAAAGAAAAAGAUAUUAUAAAAAGCAAGUUUGUUUUUGCAAGAUUUUGCUCCCAAGAAAAUUGUUCUGCUGACUUGAGUGUGUCUGGAAAAGUUGUUUUUCCAAAGCCUCAUGAUAAGAAAACAUAUCUUGCUGUUGGAAGUGUGAAGACUUUGUUGUUGAACAUUUCUCUGCUUAACGUUGGAGAUGAUGCAUAUGAAACUGUCCUCCACAUUCAGAUCCCUAGAGGUCUUUAUUUCAUACGAGUUUUAGAACUGGAAGAAAAGCAGAUACAUUGUGAUUUAUUGGAUAAAGAAAUUCAUGCGGUGAAACUCGAGUGCAGCAUUGGUUAUUUAUAUGUAGAUCAAAAAUCAAAGCUGGAUUAUAGUUUCCUCUUGGAUGCAAGCUCAUUCACCAGAGCAGAAGAGGACCUUAACAUCAUCGUUAAUGCUACCUGUAAAAAUGAAGAUGGGAACUUAUUGCUGGAUAACACACUAACUUUAGCUGUACCUCUAAAAUAUGAGAUUGAGUUAAAUGCUCAUGGGUUUGUGUCACCAGCUUUGUUUGUUUAUGGGACAGAUGAGAAAGAGUCACAAGUUAUGUGUAUGAAGGAGAAUAUCAACUUCACUUUCCAUGUUAUCAGUGCAGGACCAAGCAUGGCUCCAAAUACUAACUUAGAGAUAAUGAUACCGAAUGCUUUUCCACCCAAUGACCUCAAAUUAUUCAACACAUUGGACAUCAAGACAACAGUUGGACAGUGCUUCUAUAAUACAUAUCCCAAAAACUGUGUUGCAGCAGAAAAAAAUGAAAAUAUAUUGAAGGAUGUCGUUACUUUCUUUUCAAAGCCUAUUAAGAGACAAAUGUACUGCAUGAAAAAUGACAGCCUUUGCUUACAAAUACAUUGCAAGCUUGGAAACAUGGAAAGUGGAAAAGAAGCAACUGUUCAGUUGCAUCUGGAGGCUACUCCUUCACUUUUGGAAAUGGAUGAUGCAUCAUCAUUGAAAUUUGAAGUAAGAGCAACAGCCUGGCCAGAGAAAAGUGCAAAAGUUAUUGAACUACAUAAGGACAAACAAGUUGCAUACGUCUAUUUGGAAGGAGUGCACCACCUAAAGCCAAAAUAUCGUGUCACUGUGCUAAUUAUUGCCAUGGGCUUAAUAGUUGGUGUUAUCUUGCUUUUGCUUCUUUCAUUUAUAUUAUGGAAGAUUGGCUUUUUCAAAAGGCAAUACAAGCCAGUCCCUCAAGAUGUGAACAGAAGAGACAGCUGGAGUUUUACAAGCGGGAACAAAGAUGACUAA